UGAAUGACUGCAGAGAGUGCAGUGCCCUUCGCACAAAAUUCGUCUGUUUUGAUGGGCAAUUUUAUCUUUUUCUGUCAGAAUUUUUCUUGUAAUUGUAUCAACAAGGUACAUUAUUGUUGAUGUUUAUCAAGGACCUUUAUCAACGAUGAGUUGUUGAGAAAAAAACGUUAUCUUGGCACAAACAGGUCUUAGGAAGUUCAUGUUCAUCAGUACAGAAUUAAAUGAAUGAAACUUUGCAGUUUCCGGGACUCGCAUGCUGAAUCCUGAACUCAUGGAUUGAACAAGUUUCAACCAUCUCACUGUCGAGUUAAAAAGAGGUUUCUGAGUGCAUUGGACCAACAUACAGUAUUGACUUGUGAAUAUGGAUACCCUGUUUUAAAUGCCAUUUGAGGACACUAAAGCAAGCGUUUUAAAUCAGCUAUUUCUUAGUUACAGGAUUUUUUCACACCUUGUGUCCUGCUCUAUGUGUUGUUAAAAAUCUUGGCUAGCACCUCGCUACUCAACCAGUAGUGGAAUCAGGAAAGUGACAAGUACACCAUGCAAGCCAAAACAAGAUACACCUUCUCUUUCCUGAGUGUCAUUGUUUUGUUUCUGUUAUACAAAGCAUUAUUUCACAGUAAACAGUCGGGUCAAAACGUCAGCGAGAACCGGAAAUCGCAGUACGAUCAGUUGCGUAGUUACGCCACGUGGACCGGAAGUGAGUCUAACGAUGAAUUCGGGUUUGAUUUACACACCUCGCCAAAACAGAGGCGGGAAUCGCGGAAAAACCUCUACAAGAAUAGAAAAUGUCGCAUGGACACAUGCUUCGACGAAACUAAUUGUAGGAAAGACUUCAAAGUUUACGUUUAUCCGAUUCAUGGGAAAAUAAGUGAGAGCUACUCACGCAUCCUAUCAUCAAUCCGAAAUUCGCGGUUUUACACGCCCAACGCUGGAGAAGCGUGUUUGUUAGUCCCUUCGAUCGACAUGUUGGACAGAGAUGUUCUAAGUCAUGAAUUUGUCAUCGAUGCACAAAGUAAAUUCCGGAAGCUACCCUACUGGAAUGGAGGUCGGAACCACAUCAUAUUCAAUCUAUACUCCGGUACUUGGCCAGACUAUUCCGAAGAACUCGGCUUCGACAUUGAGCAAGCAAUCUUAGCCAAAGCCAGCUUUACCAAGCAGCUUUUCCGUCCAGGUUUCGAUAUUUCUCUUCCGCUCUUUGGGAAGUCCCACCCUCAAAAAGGAGGUGCAAGAGGUGACCUUCAAGCCAACAACUUCCCAGUGAUACGGAAGUACCUCCUAGCCUUCAAAGGGAAGAGGUACUUGAGUGGGAUUGGUUCCGAUACGAGGAACGCUUUGUACCACAUUAACAAUGGCUAUGAUAUUAUACUGUUGACUACCUGCAGACAUGGCAAAGAUUGGUACAAACUAAAGGAUGUUAGAUGCGACCACGACAAUGCUGAAUAUGAAAAACAUGACUAUCAGAUCCUGCUGCACAACUCUACAUUCUGCCUGGUCCCUAGAGGGCGCCGUCUAGGAUCCUUUCGGUUCUUAGAAUCGUUACAAGCUGCUUGUAUUCCUGUCAUACUGAGUAAUGGUUGGGAACUGCCGUUCUCUGAAGUAAUCGACUGGAAAAAGGCGUCAAUUGAAGGGGACGAGAGGCUGUUAUUGCAGAUACCAUCCAUAUUAAGAUCCAUCAACGACGAGCGGAUUUUGCUUCUACGUCAGCAGACGCAGUUCCUGUGGGAGGCUUAUUUCUCAUCAGUUGACAAAAUUGUUACCACAACUCUGCAGAUUAUACAAGAUCGAGUCCAGAAGCCUCGAUCAAAGUUGAUGUGGAACCAUCCUCCUGGUGCCCUGACAAUCUUCCCUCAAUACGCAGCAUCUCAUGCAGCGUUUCCGUUCUUCACAAGUGCGUUCGGAGAGGAGGUCUGCCAGCAGUUCACAGCAGUCAUUCAUAUGUCAUCUCCUAUUCUAUCACAGUCCGCACCCAUCAUGAAGCUUAUCAAGAAUGUAGCCAAGUCGUCGUAUGCAGCACAGGUAAUAAUAUUGUGGAACGUCGACCGCCCUCUACCACCUAAAUCUAAGUGGCCAACAGUCAGUAUACCUCUUACGGUUAUAGAGGGUGACGCAAAGACAACCAGUAGCAGAUUCGCUCCUCUUGCUGCCAUAGAGACAGAUGCAAUUCUUAGUCUGGAUAGUGACACUAUACUUUCCACAGAUGAGGUUGAUUUUGCUUUCUGCGUUUGGCGUGAGUUCCCGGAGCGUAUCGUGGGUUACCCAGCGAGAUCUCACUACUGGGAUGAGACUCAAUCAGCAUGGGGCUACACAUCCAGAUGGGUUAAUGAAUAUUCAAUAGUACUUACUGGUGCAGCAUUCUACCAUAGGUACUACAACUACCUUUACACCAAUUUCAUAUCCACAUCCUUGCUGGACCAUGUGGACUCGGUCAGUAACUGUGAACACUUGCUCAUGAACUUUCUGGUCGCCCACGUGACUCAUCUCCCACCGAUCAAGGUCACCCAGAAGAAACGCUACAAGGAUGUGAUGGUAAACGGCGCCAAGACUCAGGACCUGAUCCAGCAAUUCACCCAACAGGAGAACUGCAUGAAUGUUUUUGUGAAGACGUUUGGAUAUAUGCCCUUGAUUCGAUCGCAGUUACGUCUUGAUCCCGUACUCUACAAGGAUCCUGUGUCUAAUCUACGCAAACGUUAUCGACAAAUAGAGACGGUUGAAUCUAAAACAUGGUGAUGGUAGAGUUUUUCCAUCUUAAAAAUAUAUUUUUGUAUUAUUUAAGUAGGAUUUGAAAGUUUGGUUAAAGAGUUAUGUGUACGGUCAAGUGAGGUUUGAAUGAACAGCAUAAGCUAUUGGAUCUAAAACAAACUGGGCCCAAAUUGAUGCCACUGCAAAUAAAAAUUGUUAUCUGAUGCCUACUAUCCCGAUAGUACAUUAUACACUAAACAAGGCGCAUAAUUUUGUGCUAAGCAGCGCCAUAAAAUAAUACUCUUAUGAUGUUAAUCACUUGACGUUAGAUGACGUGUUUAUUCAUAAUUUUGUUUGUGGACAGACUUUUGACGGCUGUUUUUUAAACACCUGGUAUAACUUUAGAUUUUAAGUGCAGUACUUGCAGUAUUAUUGUAAACUAAAUAUUGUAACAACUUGUGCAGUUGUUACAUUUUAAAAGUGUAGUGUUUCUUUUUAAAGGGUCUAUGUAACUUGUGUAGGACAAAAAACACAAUGUCCACAGAUUUACACUAAACUUACA